UCAUGGGGUUUACUAUCUGGCUAAGCGUGCUCUGCCUGCAGGCGAGCCUGCUGUCACACGCCCUUGACUGCUCAGGAGGGACUCAGGGAGAGCUGUGCAUCAGUGGACAGACAAACGGGCAGUAUGAUGAUCAGAAGCAGCAGAGGGUGCUGCCCUUGACUGACGGACAGGUUUUGUUCAGACAUAGGAGACAGUUGGAGCGGAGGGGUCCCACCCACCUGAAUCACUCAAGCCUGCCUGGGGCAGUCUCUGUCAAAGGCUUCCCUAACACUCUCAUCCAGGCUGAUAGGUCCAGGCGACACUUGGUUCAAUCUGCAAAUAAAAAAAAGAAGCGCAUAUCCCGCGUCGGCUCCUUUUCCCUCCUUAGCAACAACAAGCAAUCCAGCCCCCUACAAGUCACCAGAGCAAGGAGACAAGUGAAGCCCGAGCCACCCAAGAAGGGGAAAUCAGGUCGUUCUGGGGCUUUCUCUGUUCUGGGAGAUCCACAGAAUGAAGAUCAGAACAACAGAUCUAAAAGAAGCAUAUAGAAGACAAGUGCAGCAAAAUAAAAUGUUCCUUCUCAUUUUGGCAUAUCCCAACAAAGGGUGUGCACAGUAAAAAUGUGUCCACAUUUUAACCAAAACAAAUGCACAUAAACUGAAGAUCGGAGGCAAAAUAUGACAUUCGGAAUAGGAGCUUUUAUGUUUUUUUUUUCUACCAUCACUGUUUCAGCUGUAAGCUAGCUUACAUCUAUCACCAGUCUGUACUUACAGAUACUUUUAUACACUACUUUAAGUUUCUAAUAUAUUCCUGCAUCUUAUCACAAAAGAUCCCGUAUUAUUAUUCUAGUAUGACAAUUUUGUAACCUAUUUAAUCACAGAUUUCUUAUGAAGAUUGGGGGUAUAUUUUUGCAGAAAUAUUUCUUGUGGUGUAUCAGAUUUCAAAAAAAGUUUAGUAGAGACAUAUGCGUUAAAAGUCUUAAUGGUGAGCAACAGUUGUUCUCUAUUGUUCUCUGUUGUUCUCCAAAG